AUGGAUGACAAGGCUUCUCCAGAGACGAGUGCUCCAAAGAGCCAUCAAGACGAUGCAUCCUUCAAAAACGACACUGUUGUCAAUGCCACAGACGUUGAGAUCCCUACCAAGUCUCGCAUGUCAGCCAUAACAACAGUCCUGACAAGUGGCCUGGCUCUAUUCUCCGAUGGAUACAAUGCACAGAUCAUCGGAUACAUGAAUCCAGUCUUUGCAAAACUCUACCCCGACAGUUUCUCCAGCUCGAUCAAGACUCGACUCUCUAAUGCAUUUCUUAUCGGCGAGGUCCUCGGCAUGCUCUUCUUUGGCUAUGCCAUCGACAAGCUUGGCAGACGGACUGGCAUUGUGUUUGCUACCUUGUUCUUAGUCUUGGGUAUCAUCCUCGCGACUGCAGCGCAUGGAAAAACUGAGCUGGGCAUGUUUUGGAUGAUGAUUGUUGGACGAGGUGUUGCAGGGUUCGGCGCUGGUGGUGAAUAUCCUACCUGCGGCACAGGAAGUACUGAAGCUUCAGACGAGACAUCAUUUGUUCGACGCCGACGCGGACUUCUUGUCGCUGCUGCUACAGACUUCUCCAUCGACCUCGGAUUUGUUAUGGCAGGUGUUGUGGCAUUGAUCGUCCUCGCAGCUUACCAUCAACAUGUCGGCGAUGGCGUCUGGCGAAUCAACUUUGGUAUUGGUUUCAUCCUGCCAGUAGCUCUUCUGUUUCUUCGUCUUCGUCAGUUUGACUCGACGCAAUAUAAGAAACAUGCGAUCAAGCAGGACAUACCAUAUAUGCUUGUGAUCAAGAGAUAUUGGAAACCAAUGCUUGGAACAUCCUUGGCGUGGUUCUUCUACGACUUCGUGACGUAUCCAUUCGGAAUCUUCAGUUCGACAAUCAUCGCCACUUUGAACCCUGAGGACACUCUUCAGCAGAACAUCGGUUUCGGUACAGUUGUUAACUGCUUCUAUCUCCCCGGUUGCGUCGUUGGAGGACUUCUCAUGGAUCACAUUGGUCGCAGACAAACUAUGACUCUGGGAUUUCUCGGAUGGACGAUUCUCGGCUUCAUCAUUGGUGGUGCUCUUUCUCCGAUCCAGUCCGUGUUCCCCUUGUUCAUCGUGCUGUAUGGCAUCUUCAACGCACUGGGAGAGAUGGGCCCUGGCGUCGCCACGUUUCUGUGUGCGGCAGAGUCCUUUCCAACACCUCUACGAGGUCACUUCUUAGGGUUUGCCGCAGCAAUGGGCAAGGCUGGUGCGGCGAUUGGAACGCAAGCAUUUACGCCCAUCCAAGACUCUUUCUCCGAUAAGCAGCGAGGUAUCCAGGCCGUUUUUCUGAUUGGUGCGGCGUUUGCUGCUGUAGGUGGUCUAGUUGCAUGGUUUCUCAUCCCAGAUAAGGACAAAGAGCUCGAGAGCGAAGACACGCAAUUCCGGAUGUACCUGGAGCAGAACGGAUACAGGGGAACAUUUGGUGAAGCGAUGAAGGAGUAG